CCCGGAGCACGUGUUGCAUAGCGCGCAUGCUCGACAGAGAACAUGGCGGUGCCGACGACUUCUGGAGUACAAGAAGUCCGUGAAGUAACGAGAAUAGAACGAAUAGGCGCCCAUUCUCACAUCCGGGGCUUAGGAUUGGAUGAUGCACUCGAACCCAGACAAGUCUCUCAAGGGAUGGUUGGUCAAGUUGCUGCUCGCAGGGCAGCUGGUGUUAUACUGGAAAUGAUUAAGGAUGCGAAGAUUGCUGGUAGAGCCGUUCUCAUUGCUGGUCAACCGGGAAGUGGGAAAACAGCCAUCGCAAUGGGUAUGGCGCAAGCUCUUGGGGCUGAUACACCAUUCACCAGUAUAUCAGGGAGUGAGAUAUUUUCUCUGGAGAUGAGCAAGACGGAGGCUCUCACUCAAGCGUUUAGAAGAUCCAUUGGAGUUAGAAUAAAAGAAGAAACGGAGAUCAUUGAGGGUGAAGUGGUAGAGAUUCAGAUUGAUCGACCGGCAUCGGGAUCGGGUGCCAAAGUUGGUAAACUUACGUUGAAGACAACUGAAAUGGAGACGAUCUAUGACUUGGGAACGAAGAUGAUCGAAUCACUAACAAAAGAAAAAGUACAGGCUGGUGACAUUAUCACAAUUGACAAAGCGACUGGCAAGAUCUCAAGACUUGGUCGUUCAUUCACGAGAGCAAGAGACUAUGAUGCUAUGGGACCACAGACAAAGUUUGUUCAAUGUCCUGAGGGAGAGUUACAGAAACGUAAAGAAGUUGUCCAUACGGUGUCACUGCAUGAGAUUGAUGUCAUCAACAGCAGGACACAGGGCUUUCUUGCUCUCUUUUCUGGAGACACGGGUGAAAUUAAGAGCGAAGUAAGGGAACAGAUCAAUGCCAAAGUGGCAGAUUGGAGAGAAGAAGGAAAAGCAGAAGUUGUUCCUGGAGUUCUGUUUAUUGACGAAGUCCACAUGUUGGAUAUCGAGUGUUUCUCAUUCCUAAAUCGAGCUUUAGAAAACGACAUGGCUCCUGUUCUCAUUAUGGCAACAAACAGAGGAAUCACAAGAAUUCGUGGUACAAAUUACCAGAGCCCUCAUGGUAUUCCUAUUGAUCUGUUGGAUCGUCUUCUUAUCAUUUCUACUAGUCCUUACUCCGAGAAAGAGUUGAACCAAAUCUUAGCCAUUCGAUGUGAGGAGGAAGAUGUCGAGAUGUCCGAAGAUGCUAUGACAGUGUUGACUAAGAUUAGUAUGGAGACAUCACUGAGAUAUGCAAUUCAACUAAUCACGACUGCCAAUCUUGUGUGUAGCAAGAGAAAGGGAACGGAAGUUGCUGUUGAUGACAUCAAGAGGGUGUAUUCGCUGUUUCUCGACGAGUCGCGUUCUACUCAAUUUCUCAAAGAGUUUCAGGAUGAGUUCAUGUUUAAUGAGAUGGCACCCACUCUUCCUGAGCAGGCAGAGCAGGCAGAGAAGAUGGAGACACAGAUGAUAUGACACACGUGAUGAAUGGCCUUAGUUGAUUCUUAUUGUAAUGUGGGCAGUCAACACAAUCAUAAGGCGAGCAGUACAAACUAGACGUACAAUCUUGCUAGUUCUUCUCUGGUAGCUGAAUAAAUAUCUUUUAUGUAUUAUGAACAAUAUAUACAGUUCACAUUGCCAAGUCUACCAUUGUCAUUCAGUCAGUGGGUCCAGCCAGUCUUGGUGACACUUGGCGAUUUAUUGAAUAAUG